GUUUCUUUCCCAGUUUCCUCCUCCAGUUCAAACCCCGCGCCUCUCUCGCGCCAAGAGAUGAUCGGUCUCGCGAGAUCUCUCGGCAACUUACAAAACCGGAAGUAACGUGUGGAUCUCUUCCCUUCUGCGGCCAUCGCAGACGCUCCUGUGGCCGAGAUGAAGUUCAAUCCCUUCGUGACUUCCGACCGGAGCAAGAACCGGAAGCGGCACUUCAACGCGCCGUCCCACAUUCGCAGGAAGAUCAUGUCCUCCCCUCUUUCCAAGGAGCUGAGGCAGAAGUACAACGUGCGCUCCAUGCCCAUCCGGAAGGAUGACGAAGUGCAGGUUGUGCGAGGACACUACAAAGGUCAGCAGAUUGGCAAGGUCGUCCAGGUCUACAGGAAGAAGUACGUCAUCUACAUUGAACGAGUGCAGCGAGAAAAGGCGAAUGGCACAACCGUCCAUGUGGGCAUUCACCCUAGCAAGGUGGUUAUCACUAGACUAAAACUGGACAAAGACCGCAAAAAGAUCCUUGAACGGAAAGCCAAAUCUCGCCAAGUAGGAAAGGAAAAGGGCAAAUACAAGGAAGAAACAAUUGAGAAGAUGCAGGAGUAAAGUAGUCUUCUCUGUGACUUGAAAUAAAAACUGUUAAAAUGAA